AAAUGUUAUUAGUAAACCUGUUACUUAUAUUUUUAUUUAUUUCGUAAUAAGCUCAAUGUGGUGUAGAGCGUCUAGAGCGUUGGUGCUACAACGUUGACGCGAGCUACGUCACCAUCAAGUCAUCAAUCUCCUUGGUCUUUCGAUAAGUUACAGAUUGUACGUUUGAAAUAAAGCCGUAACGACAACAAAGCAGUAAAUCAAGUAUAUGAUGGUUUAAAGUCUUGCGAUGCAAACGCGCUACCGUCAAAGACCGUAUUGAUGCAAAAAAUCGCAUUGUGUAAAAUCGCCUUUGUGUUUUGGUGUGUCCCUUGAGUUUGCUAUGCUCGUUUUGGCUGCACUCCAGAUGUAAUACCUUACACAGUAAACAAGCCUUUAGAUUUUUUCGCAGGAAUAAACAGAUUUCUUAAAUUAUGUAUGCACAGCUGCAGGGGUGCUAAACUAAUAGUAUUGCUGACUGUACAUAAAUCUAAAAGGGGUCUUACUGAUUAUCUGCUAAUACGAAUUUGACUGGGAAUUGGAUUAGUCGACAUGCACAAUGAACUCACGAAUAUCUCAUAUCUAUUUCAGCCCCAGUGACGUGCGGGUCUUGAAGUACGACAAUUAUAAUAACGAAGCUGGCGGCUUCAAAUAUGAAGUCGAGCAAAGUGACGGCUCGAAGUCUCAAGCCCAAGGGAAUGUGGUAAAAGUAGUCACCGAGGGUAAGGAAGUGGACAUCUUGGUCAUCAAGGGUAGCUACUCCUUCGUCAUCGAUGGCCUUACGUACACCGUGCGAUACGUGGCCGACCAGAAUGGAUACCAUCCCAAUAUUGUCGUUGAAAAACCUUCUCAACCCACUUCCCCUAUUUCGUUGACUUCUCCUCGACCACCGUCAAUUACUCGUCGGCCACCGCCGCCGCCCCCAACUACCCAUCGCCCACCGCCACUGAAGUUCCCUUCAAGGAAUUCGCAAAUCUUAAAAUCCUUAUUAGGUGGUUCAUCAGGUACCGUCGAAGAGGGUAGGAAGAGGACACGCGGGGUAACUUUAGACAGCUUUUUUUCACUAAUGAACUACACGCAAGAGCUAUUAAAACAGAUAUUUUUGUAAGGAAAGUUCUAUAUAAAAUAACUUGUUUCCAUUGCUCUUGAUAGAUCUAUAAAUAAUUGAAAGUAUAUAUAUAUAUAAACGAUACAGUGAUUUACUUAACAUUCCCAAGUACGGACAGUAAAUAUUACAAUUGAAUAUAAAUAUUAUUACCCCACGUGUCUCUUAUUAACAUACAGUAGAAAAGUACUUUUCGUUUCUUUCAAAAUAUGUUUGUAAAUAGCUUAUAAAAAUAUAUUACUGAGAAAAAAUAACUCCUGUGUUUUUACUUUAGAGAAAUAAGAUAAUUUAGCACGUAUGUAAGUAGGUGGUUGUGUGUAAUUUCAAUAAAAGUUUGCUUUGGAACAAAUAAUUUAUAAGUAAGUAAAGCGGUGGUGGCCGAGUGGAUAUGGCGUCCGACUUUCAAUCCGGAGGUCGCGGGUUCAAAUCCUGGCUCGUACCAAUGAGUUUUUCGGAACUUAUGUACGAAAUAUCAUUUGAUAUUUACCACUAGCUUUUCGGUGAAGGAAAACAUCGUGAGGAAACCUGCAUACAUCUGCGAAGAAAUUCAAAGGUCGCAUUGGGCUAGCGUGGGGACUAUAGCCCGAGCCCUCUCGCUCAUGAGAGGAGGCCUGUGCCCAGCAGUGGGACGUAUAUAGGCUGAAUUAUUAUUAUUUAAUUUAUAAGUACAUGACAUGUUUUGUAGGAUUUGGAAUUUCGUUAUAUGAUCGGCAUGUAAAACCUGACCAGAAAUAUAUGAUCAUUGUCAAGAGGGCGCUAUUAUUCUCAUGUAUAGGGUGACAGUUCUGUUUAGUAUGAAAAAUUUCGUUCCAGUGAAAUUCUGCAAUAUGGCGCGUGAUCAUAUUAUAUUACUGGUCAGUCUUUAGUUGGCCUUGAACGUCGUGUUUUGUCAUUACUGUCACGUCUAUACACUGUAUCGCAUUGUAUUUAAUACGUAUCAAACGAAACCCAAUGAGACGCAUAGGAGCUACCGAUUUGGCCCUAUGUUAUGUACAGUCAGCUGCAGAGAAAAAACCUAGAUAUACUACAUUGCUGCUGAAUAUAAUUACAUACUACAUUGUUGCCGACCACAUUACAUACUACAUUGCUGCCGCCUAAAUUACAUACUACAUUGCUGCCAACUAUAUUACAUAAUUCAUUGCUGCCGACUAUAUUACAUACUUCAUUGCUGCCGACUAUAUUACACACUACAUUGCUGCCAACUAUAUUAUAUACUACUUUGGUGCCGACCCCAUUACAUACCAUAUUGCUGCCGACUACGUUACAUACUACAUUGCUGCCGACUAAAUUACAUACUAUAUUGCUGCCGACUAAUACAUUGCUACCAACUACCU